AUGGGGAGAAACUCCAGUCUCGCAUCUUCAGCUAGAAGAACGUUCAGGGACAGUAGCGAAGGGACCCUAGCAGAGGGACGCCCGCACGCCGCUUCCAUUCUUCACAAGGGGAUUGAAGGCCAUGAGAAAGGAGAUAACCACGAGAUUGUUCCUUUGCGGCCUUUCACCAGCAUGGACGGACCGGAUGAUGAAAGAUCCCCUGCCCGGCGGCCUGCACUGCGCCAAGUCGGUCAUCAAGUCCAUCGGCAUCGCUCAAUGGAAAACGUCGCAAACGACCCUGCCCUAGAGAUUACCAUGGCAAGAUCUCGACUUCGAUCCGUCGCCCCGAAACAACAGAAUCGAGAAGAACCAUCUCGCGGUCGCUCCCAUACGAUGGACGAGUUGAACAACAUGUUGGAUGACGCGAUCAAGAAUAGCUCACCCAAACCUGAUGUUCCUCCCAAUGACCAGCAUGGCAAUCUCGCGCCCAAAGCUGGCUUCGUCCUUCGUCGAGCAUCCGCACGGCAAGAUCGUCGCCCAUCACAGUCUCGUCCGCGGUCGACGCGAAGGAGCACUGAAUCCGUCGUGCCUCGUAGCAGUGAGGAAUCAGUGCGAGUAGAGUACGAGAGGAGGAAGGAGACGGAGGAUCAGAAACAGGCUGAUUUAAGUAGCAAACAGACUCACAAGCCAGAGUCUCCUGUCGCUCCGCAGCUGAAACCAGAUGCACUUCCAACCAGCGAAUUGAGCCCUGUCAAGCAGAGAGCUGCCCUCUUUGAGAGCCUCAGCCAAAAUCUUACGGAACAUGAUCGAGUUUGUCAACACUUCGGACAUGAACAUGAACCAUCACAUCCACAUCCACAUCACCACCUUCCUCCACGCAAGGAGAUCAAGAAGAUUCACCGCAUCAAGUUUGGAGACACGAUUGAGGAAAGACCUGGCACUCCCUUGAUUCCCUUGACAUUGCCAACGCUUGUUACGCAAGAGAAGACCAGCAGGCCUCCGAGUACAUUGAAAAAGGAACAUGUCGAAGCCGAAGUCCCUGGGCCUACAGGCGAAGGCGCCGCGAGCGACGAUGUUUUUCAGGAAGACAGGAAGCCUUCAUUGAGCUGGCCAUUUAGAUGGAGCAUUUUUAACAAGGGCACCUCUGCGCCUCCUCAAGAGACUGAGGGGCUCUCGGACACUGUGGAGGCGAAGGACGAACACUAUCCCUCCACGCGACAGAGUAUUGUCCGGAGUAAAGUCAAGGAUUUGCUUCAAGCUGCAAACGAGAAAAAUGAUGCAGAGCAGCGACGACGAGACGACGAGAGAGGUCGCCUCAGCCGAAGAUCGACCAGAACCCAACCACCACAAAGACAGACAGAAACAAGCCACGACGAGACAAGACAAGAGAAAACCGCCGAGCCAACGUCAAUGCAGACUCCCAAAAAAGAGCUAUUCCACAACCUGAAAAUUCUCGCCGAGACCAGCGAUAACAAGCCCACCCCUAGGACUCCUCUACAACGUGCCAUGUCAGAGAAACAGGUCUUUGCACCACCUGCACCACCUGAUCCGGAGAGUGAAUCUGGGUCAAGUCCACGGAAACCUCCGCACACUCCCAUUCGUGGAAGAUCCAUCUCCACCCAUCGACCUGUACUGGGGGAACAGAAACGCUCUGUACAGCAGCAGUUCAGCCUUAGCCCCGGACCAAACCGCAGUGGUUCGAAACAGCGGCAGGGUGUCAAGGUCGAGGUAGAGAUACGUGACAGCCCAGAGCGCGAGGCUAGGGAUAGGGGAGACAAGAUUGUCAUCAUCAGGGCAGACGUCUCCGAGAUGGAGGAUGAUAGAUAA